CAGAAUUCCAUUAUCCAUUCCCACCACAGACGCCGUCCUCUGUUUCCAGAGAUAGAACAUUACCAGACGAUGAGAUAAGUUUUCAUUUUCUCCUUUCUCCGCAUCUCCAACUAGAAAAACACUCCCAAAUUCUCAAACAAUGGCGACGGCGUCAGCAACAACAGGAGUUUUGCUGGGAAACACGGUGAAUUUUCGCCUCUCCAGCAACAACGCCCGCUUCCCAAGGCCGCCGCUGCCCACUUCUUCCUUCUCCAAUUCCGCCGCCGCUUCAGACCUCAGCUCCCUCACUUCCCAAUUGAGCGGCAUUCGCAUCUCCUCCGAAUCUCCCUGCUCCUUCCAACCCUUCAAGACGGCUCUCCAGCCCGUUGUCGCCCGGAGAAUCUGUCCGUUCACAGGGAAGAAAGCGAACAGGGCGAACAAGGUGUCCUUCUCCAACCACAAGACCAAGACGCAGCAGUUCGUGAACUUGCAGUACAAGAGGGUUUGGUGGGAGGCAGGGAAGCGCUGGGUGAAGCUCCGUUUGUCCACCAAGGCUUUGAAGACCAUCGAGAAGAAUGGCCUCGACGCCGUCGCUAAGAAGGCCGGCAUUGAUCUUCGCAAGUUGUAAUCCACUCAGAAAGCAAGUUUCUUUCUUUAAGCUUUUCAAGGUUGCCCAUUACAUUCAGCAGGUUUCGUACCUAGAAGACUCCAAUGUACUGAAGUUCAAAUUUAUGUUUCUAGUCAGUUGCUGCUACUUUCCUUUUGGAGGCAAAAUUGUUGUAAUCCUUCUAAUUGAGUGCAGAAGAGAUCGAUCGCCUUUGUUUUUGACGAGAGCUGUUUGCAAUUUGAUAUCUAGGCGGAGGAUGAACUAUGGGGUUCUGUCAUCCUCUGCAACACAGGUAGAGGUGACCCAGAAGCAUGAUCAGAAAAAAGACCAUAAGAGAUGAUGAACAAGGUAAACUGUUGAUAGUGUCAACUUACAUAUGUAUUGGAAAAGAUUGAUGAGAUGUGGUGGAACGCAAUCGAAGGCAGGGGUUUACGAUUUCGAGUACACGAGCACAGGAGCACUGCUAUCGGGUGCUAGUCCUGUGGAUUCUGGGGAUUCUCGGAACUCAGAUGGCGACUUGAGCUCAUUCAAAUGCACUGCUGGGUUUUCACUCUCAAACUCUGAUGAAGUGGAGAAUGGGUUCGAAGUGAUUUACUCUUAUCUUUUUAUUACCUUGUGAGUGGCUGCAAGUCUCAAGUCUGCAACUACUAUGAAAUGGAAUGCCAUGAGGUUUCGCUGCAACUGCGAGAGCAUGUUCAUUGUUCAACGCGACUGUCCUAUGAUCCUGCCUUCACACUCAGUAUGAGCUCCAACCACAACCUGCACCUCAAACAGGAAGCCUCUUUCUGAGUUUAAGCCAGUACUGCAUCAUAUUUGAACAACUUGUGAUCGAUAUAGUCAGUGCCUCACCAUGAUCGCUCCAGAAAUCAUGGCAGAUACUGCUGAAUCUGUUAUCACAGUUUGUCCUAAAACAUCAGGCAGUUAGAUCUCAGCUGAGCAGGAGGAUCCUUUGUUACCUAAGUGGUAGCCAAAUUGUUAACGGAUCAGUUGUGAUGAACAAUUACACAACUAAGAGGAGAAAAAAUGACAUUGCGGAGUUAACAGCAGGGAGUUUCAGACUUUGGAGCUACUUCAGCGACAAAAACCCUGAAAAAUCUGUUCUUUGCAGCACAAGAACAAAGGGUUAUUUGUUAGAGUAACUCUCAAGUUAAAGAGUUAUUAUUAGUAUUCAACGUUAGGGUGUUCUUGGGUUUGCUUGUGGUGGAAUGAGUUGUUAGUACGGAUCUGCCAGCAGCACCUUUGACUGUAUUAAUGUCUAGAGUGACGGUGUUAGCUUUACACCUUUAAAUCAAUGAUUUAUAUUUUGAGAAUGAAAUUCAAUUCUUUUUAAAAAAAAUUAAUUUCAAACUGGC